CAUUGUGUAAUGUGAAACAGAAGAUGAGUGGUUCCGAAGAAAGUAAGGAUUCCAUUCACUGUGUGUCAAUAUCAGACACUCAGACGUGGGAAAAGGAGAAAAAAUUUGUGGUGUACAAGGUGGUAGUGAACAGCGGAACAAAGUCCUGGUUCAUCUUCCGGCGUUAUAAUGAGUUCCACACUUUAUUCGAAAAAGUUAAACGUAUAUGUCCAGAAGCAAAUCUGCGAUUACCAGGAAAGAAAAUAUUCGGUAACUUGGAUCCGGAGUUUAUUCAGCAGAGACGAGAAGGCCUUGACGAAUUCAUCAAGAAAUUAAUUCAGCACCCUAGACUGUCUCAGAAUCCUGAAGUAAAGUCAUUCCUCUCCUUAGACAACCCAAGAAAUGCUCCAGAUUCCUCUGAUUCUGAUCUCAGUAUUGAAUCUAAUGACAGUAUGAGUAAUAAAGACAAUAACCCCAUUAACCUUGGACCUAGUGAGAAGAAAAGUGUAAAACCCAGCGACUUUGAAUUCUUGAAGGUUAUUGGCAAGGGAAGUUUUGGAAAGGUACUGCUAGCACGGCACAAGAAUGAAGGGGGCGUGUAUGCAGUCAAGGUCUUACAAAAACAGGCCAUCAUGAAGCGUAAUGAAGUGAAACAUAUCAUGGCAGAAAGAAACGUACUGCUCAAAAAUGUGGUUCAUCCAUUUCUUGUUGGACUCCAUUACUCAUUUCAAACCCCAGAUAAACUCUAUUUUGUGCUGGAUUAUGUGAAUGGUGGGGAGUUAUUCUUCCAUUUACAACGAGAACGCUACUUCCCAGAAGUGAGAGCAAGAUUUUAUGCGGCGGAGAUGGCAAGUGCAAUAGGGUACCUUCAUUCCCUCAACAUUAUAUAUCGGGAUCUCAAACCAGAGAACAUUCUUCUAGAUUCUAAGGGCCAUGUAGUUCUAACAGAUUUUGGUUUAUGCAAGGAAGGUAUUGAAGGAAUGGGCACCACAAAUACAUUCUGCGGAACUCCAGAGUAUUUGGCACCAGAAGUGUUGCGAAAACAGCCAUAUGAUAAAACAGUAGAUUGGUGGUGCCUGGGAGCUGUACUGUAUGAAAUGAUGUAUGGACUGCCACCAUUUUAUAGUCGUGACACAGCAGAAAUGUACGACAAUAUUUUAUAUAAACCUCUACGUCUCAGGACCAACGUGUCUGCUUCGGCACGCUCGUUGUUAGAAGGGUUGUUGCAGAAAGAAAAAGAACAGCGUCUUGGUGCCAAAAAAGAUUUUCAGGAGAUCAAAAUGCACAGUUUCUUUUCUGAUAUUAACUGGCAAGACCUAGAUGCCAAGAAAAUAGAUCCCCCAUACAACCCAAAUGUGGUAGGUACAAAAAGAGUGGGCAGUUAGACCUGCGACAUUUUGACCCUGAAUUUGUCAGAGAACCAGUACCAGCAUCAGUUGGGAAGUCUCCUGGCCUAAACAAGAUGGUUAGUGCAAGUGUUAUGGAAGCAGACUGUAUGUUUCAGGGAUUUUCUUAUGUCCCACCAGCAGAGGAUGCAUUUAGCUGAAAAAUAAUGAACCAGUCUGUGUUUGUGCCAGUCAAUUUUAUAGUCAGCCAAAAAAACACAAAAAUAAAACCAGUCUUAUGUUCCUAUGCAAAAUUGUGCUAGUGAAGCAGACAGCAUUAUGGGUAAAGUGACCUUGACACUGCUUUACCAAAGUGAGGCUGUUGGUGUUCUAGUUAUUUAAAGAUGCGAAAUCAUUUGUGAAUCAAAAUGAACAGCAUUUUGUGAUACAGACAACAUGUGUGAUGAUAUUUUGUUGUGUAUUUUGUGCAACUUUUACUCAGAAGAUGUUUCUAGGCUGUUGACCUGGAGGAAUGUGCGAAGAUUUUGAAUAUUUUCAAAGAAUUAUGUUUAUUUAGAACAUUUUGAGUUUUUAAAAAAAGUUGAAGUAACCAUAUCAUGUUAAUGUGGUUGAGAUUUGUUUUAUACAGUUUUUCUUCAUUUUUUCUGGGUUUUGUUUUUGGAGUGCUGUGAUUUUUUAUGAUAAAUUGAUUGAAUCACGCAGUAUUUUAUACUGUGUCAAUGUCUUUCAGAAUACACAAGCACACAAAUCACUCAUUAUUCAUUUGUUAUGUAUCCAUUGUACAGUGUUUGAUUAAGCAUGUCGUAUGUCUCUUUUUGAGUUAAUUAAAAGCAUUUUAUUGCCAAUAUAUAUAUAUAUAAAAAAGCACAGCACUGGUCAGUUAUCAUUAGUUCAAAAUGGCAGACAUGUAGUUUGGAAAUAUUUAGCUAGUAAGAUAAUUGACCCCUGUGUUCAUUUAUUCUAAGUCUUCUCACUAAUACUGUGAAAUUAUUAAUUUUUGUGGGUGACUAAUUGUCAUGAAUUUCAUGGUAGCGUCAAUUCACAAAAUUAAAUCCAAAUUAAGCAAUAAAAUACCCAUUAAUUUUAUGUUCAAAGAUUAAAAUUGAGGUACCCUGGUAUUUCUGUAGAUUUUUGUUCACUGCCUUGUCAGAACUAAGUGUUAAGUGGUCAAAAGGUGCUAAGUUUAGUUUAUACAUUUAUUACAAUAUACACGUAGUAGGUUUUUUUUCCUGAAAGUGCCGUUUAUCAUUUAAUGAAACCGGUGUUGCAGACAUUGAUAUAAAAUGGACAAAAACUAAUGCUGUUUUAGACUUAGUAGCUUCAUAGGCAAUGAAAAAAUGUGGCCAACAGUUAAUAUAUGUAUCAAUAAUCACUUGAACAGAACAAAUUUAUCUGUUUAGUAUAUAUGCAUCUUAAGUGUAUAUGUAUCUUGUGUUCUGACCCUUCAUAUCAGUUGUGUCUAGUUGUUUCUGUUGCUCUUUAGUUUUUUAAGGAGGGAAACAAGUUGUUUCUAUUGCCCUUGUUUUGUAAGGAGGGAAACAAGUUGUUUCUGUUGCCCUUGUUUUGUAAGGAGCAAAACAAGCUGUUUCUAUUGCCUUUGUUUUGUAAGGAGAGAAGCAAGUUGUUUCUAUUGCCCUUGUUUUGUAAGGAGGGAAGCAAGUUGUUUCUGUUGCCCUUGUUUUGUAAGGAGGGAAGCAAGUUGUUUAUGUUGCCCUUGUUUUGUAAGGAGGGAAGCAAGUUGUUUCUGUUGCCGUAGUUUCGUAAGGAGGGAAGCAAGUUGUUUCUACUGCCCUUGUUUUGUAAGGAGGGAAGCAAGUUGUUUCUACUGCCCUUGUUUUGUAAGGGGGGAAGCAAGUUGUUUCUAUUGCCCUUGUUUUGUAAGGAGGGAAGGAAGUUGUUACUUAUGCCCUUGUUUUGUAAGGGAGGGAAACAAGUUGUUUUGCAAGAUACAUUCCAGAUUUACCGAACUUAAAACAUUACAUUCCUUUAUGAUGGUCAUAAAACACACUGUUUAUGGCAAUUCUUUUUGUAGGACGGACCUCAUUGUUUUGCAUUUACUGUAUAUAUGCAUUAAAUGGUAGUAUCAGUGUAUUCAGGCAGGGGAUUAAGUUAAAUAUAGACAGUCAGAGAAUUUAGUUUAUGCAGUAUAAUUCCCUUUUUUCUAGGAUUUUGACAGUUAGCAACAGUAAAACACUGAUUACUCUCAGUCACAAAAGGAUGAACAAAAUGCUUGAGUUUCCUGGGGUUUUGGGUUCACCUGACCUGCUCAAAUGAGUCACGGUGCCCCCCUCCCCACAAAGUGAGCUGUGCUUUGCUGUACCAGAAAUCUGGAGUGUUUAAAAAUCUAAGGCUUCUGAAGAAAAAACUAAAUGUUAUAUUUUGUACUUUAGUAAGUUGAUAGAAUAAUUGUCAGUUGUCAACUUUAAAAAUGGAGUAAAUUAUGAAGACUAAAAAUUCUUGUGAAAAAAAGUAUUGCUAUUAUUCAUAUAUAUCUGAAGUCAGCGGUGUAUACAACAGGACUUCAUUGUCAGUCUGGCAGCUCUGCUGAAACUUUGUAAGUUCAAGCAUAAAAUACUUUCAUUCCUGCCAGUUUUAAGCAAAAUCCUUGUCAUUUAACAAAACUAUAGCUAAGCAGGAAGACAGAAGUAUCAUGUAAAAGUCUGUACAUCUGAAUUAUAAUCCUCCUACACUUUCCUUUCUUCUUGUAAAUAUUUCCUAAUAAUGCUAUUAAUUUGUGUUUUAAUCAUAAUUACUGGCCAACAGGGAUUGAAACAGUGAAAUGUUGUUGUUUAAUAUUUCAUAGAUCAUUAUAUUCAUUCAUAUUUAAGCAUAAUCAUAGUUAUUGUUUGAAUGUACAUGUAUAAUAUACAUGUAUUAUGUACCAGUGCUUGCAGUGGAAGCCUAAAUGACUUGUGCUGAUAAAUACUUAUUACUAAACAUAUUUUUCUGACAAAUAUAAUGUACAAUAUGUUAAGGGUCCCUUUUUGUUCGAGUUUUAUGUUGUUUACAGAUCCUUCGAAAUACUUUCUGUAAUCAUUGAUUUUAUUGAGUCGGCUAAAGGCUGAAAGUCUUUUGACGAGUCCUUGCUAUCCAACGAUUCUCUAAAUGGACCGAAUAACAUGUGAAGGGAUGUAGUUCCAUUAGAUUUCUCAAAUUUCAAACAGUUCACUGCAUGAAUGAAGUAAAGUUGUGUCAAUUCCCUUUGCUAUGACCAAUAUACGAUGUAAUCUGUCAUAUUUAUGACUUGUAAUUGUGCAAUUCUCGAAUGUAACUCAUUAAGCAUAAUGUGCAUUUUAAGAAUUGCGCAGGCUUACAAAGCUUGGGUAAUAUCCAGCGAAAGACAAAAAAUAGUUCCAGCAGGGCUCCAGAUAAGAUGCGUAUUAGCGUAAAUUACGUAUAGAAAUAAUGCAAAUACGCAUGUCUAAUAAUUUCUAAGCGUAUAAAAACGUAUAUAAAAUUACAGAAACGCACACAAUGCUUUUUUAAAAACAAAAUCUGAAUCGUCUGGAUGCGUUAGGUAACAUAGCCGAUCAGCCUUUAUUCUCCCACAUUGAACGUAAACACGCAUCGUAUGAUUUCUAUAAACUUUGCGUGGGUUGAAUUUUGCAGUCAGUAAACGGAUAAAUUAUCGGAAGAAGAAGCUCUUACUGGUUUGUUUAGUUACUGCUGAUAUUAAAAAUGAUUUUAAUUCUUAUUUUUCGAGAAAUAAACAAAUCGGCGAAACAUUAAAUUGUAUUUUCUUGUAGUUUUUGAAAUCGAAAGUAGAUCGUCUAUGUUUGGCGAAACGAAACAACUUUUUUAUGAAAAGAUUUAAAUAAGAGGUAAUUUAACCAUAAACGUCAAUGUCAGAUACUGCCAAUUGCUGCUAAAUGUCUUCGUAUCAUCACAAUUUGUAAAAUAUAUUGUUCAAACUGGAGAAAAGUGUAAUCGUAUCCGGAUAUAAUAUUUUGGGUAAAUAUCGAGCUGUUUUAUGAAAUUUUAAGAAAAAAACUAAAAACAAACUGAAACUGGUAGACUAUACUGUCAGUACAUCAAUCAUUAGCCGACUCAGGCCAUUCAGGCCUUUGAUUUGAAUAAAAAUCACAAAAGAAUAUUGCAUUUAUUGUUUUUGUUCAUUAACUUUGAAAAACAGAUUCUGAUUUUUGAAUAUAUGAUUGGUGAUUCAAGAGUGCAGACACUGUAACUUUAUAAUUGCUUUUAAACCAGUGGAUUUUUUCUAGGAACAGCUAGUAAACACAAUUUCAUUUUUUUUUUUACUUAGUAAUUCUCUGAAUAUUUUUGCGUCUACAUUGUAUAUAUUUUACAAUUCCUUUAAGCUUUCUGCAAGCAGAUUGUUAUAUUUACAUGUAUCUUGUUAACUUACAAUUUUUACAAGUUGUUGAUGUAUAUAUCAAACUUUUAUGAACAGUAGAGUAUUAUAAAAUCUGUUGUUGUAUAAUUAUGAACAAUGCCUGGUCUGACUGUGUCGGAACUGGCUGAAAUAUGCUAGAAAUAAAAUUUACUGUGAAAUAGAA